AUGUCCCUCAACAAGUACGAGCCUGUGGCAUCAUCCAGCCGCACCAAGAGCCUCUCUGUGCUUGUUCUUGGCCUUGUGACAAUCGGCGGACUCGCAUCCCUUACCCAGUGCUCUGCACACCCUACUUCCCAGCCCAAGCAAGUGCGUUUUAUGCGUCGGGCAACCGGCACCGAAGCGACGGUCGUGAAUCUCCUGAACGCUGGGUUCAACGAAUCCAACACAGUGGCAUGGGACCGGCUGGCCGAAAUGACCGACCUGUACGGCAACCGCAUGACCGGCAGCAAGGCCUACGACAAGAGCGCCGAGUGGGUGGUCAAGACGGUCAAGAAGCACGACAAGGACUUUUCGGUCUGGACCGAGCCCGUGUGGGUCAACCGGUGGGAGCGCGGCAGCGAGUCCCUGCGCUUGUAUGUGCCAACGCGGCCCAACGGCUCCGUUGACAUUCCGGUGCUGGCCCUGGGCAGUUCCGUGUCGACACCCAAGAAGGGCAUCACGGCCAACGUCAUCCCGGUGCGCUCAUUUGAGGAGCUAGCGAAGCUGGGCAAAAAGGCAAUUUCGGGCAACAUCGUGCUGUACAACUUCCACUUCACAAAUUACGGCGAGGUAGUCAAGUUCCGGAGCCGUGGCGCCCAGGAGGCAGCCAAAUACGGGGCGCUGGCGGCGCUGUGGCGUCGGUGCACCACUGGCAACUCGGCGCGCACGACCAUCCCGGCUGCGUCGAUUUCACCGGCGGAUGCCAAUCUGAUCGAGGCGCCUGUACAAGGCGCGGAGGCGGGCGAGUCCGGCUUUGUCCACCCGAAGGUCAAUCUGGCACUGCAGAACACAUUUAAGGAGAACGCAACCCAGUCGGCCAACAUCAUCUUUGAUCUGAAGGGCAGUGAGCGCCCCGAUGAGAUUGUGCUGCUAUCGGGCCACUUUGACUCGUGGGAUGUCGGUGUUGGCGCCAUGGACGAUGCGGCUGGUGCGUUUUUGGCGUGGGAAGCCGCGCGCCUGAUUGCCAAGGAGGGCCGGCGGCCGAAGCGCACUGUGCGCGCGUAUUUCGUCCAGCACAAGAACGAGAUUGCCAAGCACAAGUUUGCUAUUGAGAGCGACAUCGGUGUGUUUGAGCCCUGGGGCAUGGACGUCCAGGCCGACCAGAAGGUGAUUGACACGCUGGUUGGGUAUGGCAAGGACUAUGUGAAAGUGCUAGGCGCCGGCAACAUCACCAAGGCGGAGGAGCUGCCGGCUGAGGACAUUGCGGUUCUGUGCGAGGCUGGUGUCCCCUGCGGCGGGUGGUUGAGUGUCAAUCCCGAGGGCAACUUGGCGCCCGACCACCCGAACUGGGGCGACCACUACUUCCGCCACCACCACGCCAAACAGCGAUCGCCCUGGGCGUAUCUAAUUGCUGAUGCGGAGUAACUAUUUUUUAAACAACCUUGGCUUCCUCCAUAUCGUGAACAAUCAACCCAGCACUUACUACAUGUCCUCAAUAGCAUACCUUUAUAUGCAUCCUAUAGUGUUGCAUUCUCGCCAUCCUUUUUGGCGUGUC